AACGCAUUUAUAAAACAUAACGCACUGUUUUUACGGGUGUCGGCGGUUUUACUGCCUCGCAUCUACUGUAGGUAUUUACAAACGUCUCUCUAUCUCUCAGCACCAGGCUAUCAGUUGGCUAAGAAACAGCACCGCGCGUCAUGUGUCUUUAAGAGUAAAAAAGCCCUCUGGCCAGUUGCUUGCUGAGGUGGAGCUCUUCUCCCUACUGUCCUGCAUUGUGGGCAAUGUGCUGCUGUUAGUCUCAGUCGGGUUACCCGUUGCUGGUGAACUGUAACAGCACUUAGUAUUGGUUGCUGGGCAUUGCCAUUCGAAGGUAAAAAAUUAAGCCUCAAGUCAAUUUUUUUAAGUGCAGACCUUCCACAACCGAGCAUAAUGAAGUUCACUGAAUUAAUUCUGACUUGAAGUGGAUCCCUUUCUUGUGGAACCAAACUCAUUUAAAUCUUCUAAGCAGAACUGUAAAAUAAAAAGGGGGAAUUUCUGAUGAUGGAAUUCAGUUCCCAGGGGACCUGGAGGGGCUCUGAACUGUAGAUAGCUGCCUUCAUCCUGCUACACAAGUACAUCAGUGGAGCUACGCUGGCAACCUUAGACUCUUCACCCGUGUUAUUAAGCAGAGCUACAGUAGGUCAAUCUGAGCUCAAUCAGUGAUGGAAUUAAAAGGCAUGCACUGGCUCAUUACAGCGUUAACACUAGGUUUGAGGGCAACUACAAGCUGUGCUACAGAAACAUACACAGAACCAACAGCAGAAACUGUUGUCAGUCCACUGGUGAGGCAGAAAGCUGAGGAAAGGCAAAAAAUUAUUGAUGCUCAAUACAAAUGCUUUGAAAAAAUGUAUAGAGAUCAGCCUUACAAUAAAACAGGUCCUUACUGUAACCGGACCUGGGAUGGGUGGUUGUGUUGGGAGGACACCCCUGCUGGGACAUACACCUCACAGAAUUGUCCAACCUAUUUCCCAGAUUUUGACUCCACUGAGAAAGUAACCAAAUAUUGUGAUGAAUCAGGCAAUUGGUUCCGACAUCCUGAGACCAACAGAACAUGGUCUAACUAUACAUUAUGUAUUGCCUAUACAAAGGACAAAUUAAAGAUGGCUUAUAUUCUGUACUACAUGGCCAUAGUUGGCCACGCUUUAUCAAUAGCAUCACUUUUGAUCUCUCUGGCAAUAUUCUUUUAUUUCAAGAGCCUGAGCUGCCAGCGGAUUACACUCCACAAGAACUUGUUUUGUUCCUAUGUUUUAAACUCGGUGUUUACAAUUGUAAACCUUACUACAGUUGCAAGCAACCCCAGGGUGGUGGAAAGGAAUCCUGUGGGUUGUAAAGUUCUGAACUAUUUUCAUCAGUACAUGCUGGGCUGUAACUAUUUCUGGAUGCUGUGUGAAGGAAUAUACCUUCACACCCUCAUCGUGGUGGCAGUGUUUGCAGAAGAGCAGCAUUUACACUGGUACUAUCUGCUUGGCUGGGGAUUCCCUAUAGUUCCUGCCUCAAUCCACGCUGUUGCAAGAACAAAAUAUUUUAAUGACAUCUGCUGGAUGAGUGUGGAAACCCAUUUGCUCUAUAUUGUACAUGGACCCAUUAUGGCAGCACUAUUAGUUAAUUUGUUCUUUCUGCUCAAUAUUGUGAGAGUGCUGGUCACAAAACUGAGAGACACCCAUCGAGCAGAGUCUAACAUGUACAUGAAAGCUGUGAGAGCCACCCUGAUCCUUGUCCCUUUGCUGGGAAUCCAGUUUGUGAUUUUCCCCUGGAGGCCAGAAAACAGACUCGCUGGAGAAAUAUACGAUUACAUUAUGCAUAUAUUAAUGCAUUAUCAGGGUUUGCUGGUGGCAACAAUAUUUUGCUUUUUCAAUGGAGAGGUACAGGCAGCUCUCAAGAGACAAUGGAUGCAAUAUAAAGCUCAGUGGGGCCAGCGGAGGAAAGAGCACUGCUCUAUGCGAUCUACUUCAUGCACUACGACAUCUAUCACAGAGGUCCCAGUCUAUCUAUAUCAGCCUGACUGUAACAGCGAACACUUAAAUGGGAAACAUUCAGAAGACUAUGAAUUGGUUGCAUUAAAAUCACAGGAGACGUAUGCCUGACUGAAGAACAAGUGUUAAAUAAAAAAAGAUACGUUCACUUUCCUCCUCAUACAAGACUCCAAAGCCCCAGGUCAGACACUAAACUGGCUGGCUUGACACCCAAGUUGCAAUGUACAGUCUGUCUUGGCAGUGAAGGGCCUUCUGGGAGAGAGCUCAAGGGUAUGUUUGUAGUCCAGUGCUGGGUUUUUUUAAAAGAAAGGAGUUCAUAUUCAAAUGUGGUAUUUCUGAAGCUGCUAGUUCCAAGCUCCCAAGGGCUGAAGAUCAUCCUACAUCAGGAUUUGUUGCUGUUCAAAUACCAAAGGGUGUGUCAGUUCACAGACUGGUAUGCUCUCCAUUGAUUCUGAGCCAAAUGCAUAAAAAAUCCUUAGAUGACAAAUCAUACUGUGUAUCUCUGAGAUGAUAUGGUAACGUUCCUUGGUGCCUAACUUAAGUUUGUGGGUCUUGUACAUAUUUCAUCUGUUCCAACUUUUAUGAUGUUUGUAAGUAUUGAUUUUUUUCCAUUUGUUAUCACUUGUUACAACACCUGUUGAGGUCUUAAAAGCCUCUUAAAAGUACCUACUUGUGCAACAGCACAUGUAAAGCUUUUGUCAGGUGAGAGUGUGUAAAAACUGAAUAAUGGACAAAUUGAAAUGUAACACUGCUGGACAUUUCAGUGGGAGAUUAAAAAUGCAAAUAGGAACCAUAAACAAAAUAGCACACAGCCAGAAUGACUGAGACCCUGGCAGUAAAUGAAAAGUACUUUGUUUUCUUUUGAAUUUAAUUGUUGGGAUUCGUAUGAUGACCCUGUUUAUACUGUAUUGUAUGUUUUACAAUAUACAAAAGAAUAUACAGUAUAUAUAUAUGACAAUCAGUCAUUUUUUGUAUUUAUUAUUUUCAUAUAUUUACUCUUGAUGACUGAUGCAUAGUGAUGCGUUGGAAAUAUUAAUGUAAUUACUAAUAAAUUAAGAAUUGUGUGAGUUGUACACCAGAAAUGAGCACAUCUACACUUGCUGUUUUACUUUAAAGCAGUAGAGAAUUUGCCUUUAACUAAAUUGUUAGUCGGGUUUGCACAAAUUUUGAAAAAAAAAAUCACAUUUUGAAAUAUGAAAGUGAGGAUAUAUUGUGGUUCACAAUCACAAAGAAAAGUGCAGGAAACAGCUAGAAAUUGUAAAUACACUUUUUGUAUUCAGUGAUACUGUAAAGCCUUCUCCGCUCUUUCUAGGGGGUCAAGCCAUGUUCUCCUAUUUUAGGUCACUAGCUAUGGAGAGCACCAUGUUACAUUUCCAAGUGGGUUGCAUGUAACAAUGGUGGCGUCAGUAACUUGACAUUUCCUGUGUCUGAUAACUUUAGUCCAGUAGUUCAUUGAGUCCAUUGAGCAAAAGGGGUGACAAUUUACGCCAACACGUGUUCAUAUUUUGAAAAUGAUAAAAAGCUAUACUCAUGUGCGAAAGAACAGUGGUGUUAAAGGACAGAGACACGUAAAAAUGGUAAAUGCAGUUUUUACAAUUAUGUGUUAUAUGUUUAGAUAGUAGCAAGAUGUGUAACAUUUUUUAACUCAUAUCAAUUUUCAAUACGGGAUGGUCUUUUUGGUACAUUCCUAUCAAGCUUGUGCGCUUUAUUUGUACAUAAUUAUCUACAUUACUGAAGAAAUUAAUAAAAACAAAUAUUUUUCUAAGAGAUCCUUAUUGGUGGUAUUAGCAUUAUUAAUUAAAGAUUAAGAUACAGUAUGUCACUUUAAAUCAGCAUUUCAUGUUCAUGUUUUUGGCUUUGUGUGCAAUACCUGCAGAGUUUUUCUUAAAUAAUAUCUUCUCAAAAAUGUUAUUUUCAUCAUGCUAAUAUCGUUUAAACAAAAUACUUACACAACCAUGUUAUGGAGUUUGCCUGCUGUUUACAGUAAAGAGGUCAUUCCACACCUGAAGUGGAUAAUGAUGUUGAUGUUGUCUUUCCAGUGUGUCUGGUAAAAACACUGUACGCUUGAUCUCUUUUCAGAACGUGGGUAUCAUGAUGAAAGAUCCAGAAAGAAUCUGUAAAUCAUUGUUAGAAUGAGAAAAACGGUGUAAAUGUAGUUGCUUUAGUAGAGUGCUUUUUGUGCUACUACAGAUGUAGACAUUAAAAAAAAACAGGUGAGUCCAAGAAUAAAGCUGUAUGUGUGGUAUCAUGUUUAUAUUAUAAUUUAUGUGGCAAAUUGGUAAAUCUAAAAAUAAUUGGGAGAUUUAGAAAUGUAUAUAUUCACCAGUCCAUCGGGCUAGUUGUAAAAUGACCUGCUCGUUAGCUGGCGUCUGGACAGAUUGCAUUUUAAAUAAAUUUCCCAACACACAGCAGUCCAGAAAUUCACAAAGAACCCCUCUUCUAGCCUGAUUGCAUCUGGAUGUUCUUGUGCAGCCUGGAUAACGAAUUGCCUAACCACUAACACAUAACUGCAACUGUCCAACACUGUUUACUAUGGCCUUAGAAGUGAAUUCUAAUAAAGCUGUCAUUUUUUUUUAUUUUUUGUACCUUGGACCAGACUCGGCAGUGAAAUCAAAAGCUCCAAGUACAAUUAUCCCAUUUUUGGAAUUAUCACAAAGUUAUCAUAGAAAUACAGGAGACAGCUUACUGUAGGUACUGCUCUUCCACUGGUCUCGCACCCGGGACUUCCCAUAGUGCCUCUACCUCCUCAUCUACACCUCUACAACAACUCCCUGGAUCAAUCCUCACAGUACACAGGGGAGUUAUGCAAUACAGCCUUAUGGCUUAGUUCAGCCAGUUGAGCUACGCCAAAUACACUCUGCAUAUUUAGUCUCUUUCCCAUUUAUUAGGAUCUAACCAAAGUACUUCAAUCAUUAUUAGCCUGUAUUUGGUAUUGAGUACAAUAUAAGAUGAGAACAUUACAUACUGUAUACUGGGCUGGUACAAAAUAUGCUUAACAUAGUGAGCAAAGAAAUUCAGACUGAUGCUAAUACGGACUUACUGUAUAAUUACAGACAUAUUAGCCAAUGUUUUUUGUGGUGAAGGAUUGCUGUACUUUAAAUCAUUUGCACAGCAAAUAAAAUAUGGGACCAUUUCCAUAAUCCGAGAUAAACUGAUUAAUAAACUGUAUAUGAUUCAGCACAGAAAAGAAGAAAGACUGUUGCAAUGCAUACUUCCGAUAGAGCAAGGAAUUUUCCUUUUUAAUGAGGCUAGAAAUGUAAGGACGAAGGAUAUUGGAAGUUGUAGUGUUUCUGUUCCCUCCUGUUGUUGCACUGUCCCAUUUCUCUCUCAGCCCCUGACAUGACUGCGUCCGUUUCCUCCUGCAUUACCCUAUAUAAGGAGGAAAGCCCACCUUCCCUCUCUCUUUUGCCACAUGCCCUGCCACAAUGUCCUGCGCCCCCCUCAUUCCCCUUCCUAUCUCCCCUUCUGACUCACAUGCCCACUGUAGACUAAAGUGCUUUACCCCGUGUUGUUGGAACUUAGACUCCUGUGUCCAGCCUGCUCUGUGUCACCAUCCUGUUGCUGAAACUGUUUGCCGCAAUAUAGUUUGGAUAUUAGAAAACAUUUCAUUAAAAAAAAAUGUUUUGAAACAAUUUGUUUGUUGCUGUUUAUAUUCCUGUUUAUAUGCCAGGAGGAUUAAUGUGUUGGCAUUUUUUAAAUAUGUUUAGCUGCCUAAUUCUUUAAAAUAGAGAUGGAAGAGCACAUUUAAUAAAGACUCCAUAUUCAAAGUGCAAUUUGCAGCCUUCCUGGGGAGAAAAAUCUGUCAUCUUUCCAAAAUUUAGAUUAUGCAAAAAGAUCAAUAUGUGUUCUCUUUGAUGGGGUUGUUCAUUUGAUUGGAGAAUUUUGAUUAUUCUCGCCUCUAGAGUACUGCUUUGUAAUUUAAGUAGUCAGCACGUUUCACUAUGCUGUAUUCAUUUUGGUGUAGAACGUCUUAAAAUAAUUUAAAAUAAACAUAUUUGUUGAAAUAUCCAUGAAUGCUUCAUGUAACUUUUAGUAAUGGAAUAUCAUUUUCAGCUAGGGUAGAGUCCUUAGUGUAAUAAAAUAUUCACAAUAUUCUGCUUUCCAAUGCCUAACUCACCGAAUUACUAUGAUUAAACCUGACAACUUGUACAUCCCAAGUUGUUUAAAAGACUGAAUGAUUCACAUCUCAUUAAAAAAACUGGAACCAUUAAUCAUUCCAUCAUGAUAUACAGUAGUUCUAAAGGAAUCAUGAGUCAUUCAAUUAUUUUUUAGAUGUGUAAUAAUUUAACUAAUACAUGUGGGUAUGUGAA